CUUCCAAGCACGCUUUAGUCUCUACUCUACCUGUUCUUAUUCCACGUCUUUCUCUUCUUUUAAGUCACCAAAUCUCUUCUCACUAAAUCUGUAAAUCAUUAAAACAGAAACCUUCUAUAAACACUUGAAAGUCCUCAACUAAUUGAACCAGCUUUCAUAAAAUAAAGCCAUUUUUUGUUUUCUUUGGGUGGAUAAAAAAAUAGAGAUAAAGACUAACUCAAUAUCAGGAAGUAACCCAGAAAAUCACCCCAAAAAAAUAAAGAAAAUAACAAGUUUCCUGGCUGCUUCAUUUUCUUUUUAAUUUCCUGCUGCCUUGAACCUUUUUAAGAGAAAUUUUGGUGCACCCCAUUUUUUAUUUAUCUAACAUAACAUUUCAAAAAAGAUUUCUGGGUUUUCUUUUGAAGAAAACAACGAGAAUAAGAAGAUGGGGAACUGUUGGGGAUCUAAAGAAGAAGUCAGCAAUCCCAUUAUCAUUACUCCUCCAGAGAUAAAAAACUUUAACGUACCUAGAAAUAUACCGGGCGGAGGAGGAGGAGGAGGAGCACGGGUGGGUCCACCGGAAGUGGGACGAAUUGUAAAGCCAGACCUAAAAGUAUACACAUAUACAGAACUGAAAAGUGCCACGAAGAAUUUUAGACCGGAUUCAGUGCUAGGAGAGGGAGGAUUCGGGAGGGUGUAUAAAGGAUGGAUUGAUAAAACAACAUUGGCACCUUCUAAGCCUGGUCUUGGUAUCGCUGUUGCUGUCAAGAAAUGCAGUGCUGAUAGUGCACAAGGUCUCAAAGAAUGGAAAACAGAAGUCAAUUUCUUGGGAAAGUUUUCUCACCCAAACCUUGUAAAGUUAAUUGGUUAUUGCUGGGAAGAGAAGGAGCUGCUUCUUGUAUACGAGCACUUAAAUAAAGGAAGUCUGGAAAAUCAUCUAUUCCAAAAGAAAGGAGACCCCCCUCCAUGGAGUACAAGGAUAAGCAUUGCAAUGGACGCAGCUCGAGGCCUUGAUUUCUUGCAUACAUCAGAGAAUACCGUCAUAUAUCGAGAUUUUAAAGCUGCGAACAUUCUGUUAGACGAGAAUUUUGUAGCCAAGCUUUCUGACUUUGGGCUUGCUAGAAUAGGUCCACCAGUUGAUAGAUCACACGUGACUACACAAGCAGUGGGCACCUAUGGAUACGCUGCUCCGGAAUAUAUCAAUACUGGUCAUUUGUACGUAAGGAGUGACGUGUAUGGUUUUGGCGUUGUGUUAUUGGAGAUGAUAACAGGUCUAAGGGCCUAUGACUUAAAUAGGCCCACUGGACAGACAAGCUUGGUUGACUGGUACAAGCCCAUGCUGAAUGAAAAGUCCAAGUUAAAGAAGAUUAUCGAUCCAAGAAUGGUGGAAUAUCCACCAGAAGGUGUAAACAAAUUGGCCCAACUCAUAUUAAGAUGUCUACAGAACGACCCAAAAAACAGGCCCCCAAUGUCAGAAGUUCUGAUUAUCUUGGAAAGGAUAAGUACCAUUAGGAUGAACCCAAAAAGCAAGAAUUCAAAGCCUAGCUCUUCAAAGCCUAGGUCUCAUAGUUACAACCCAUCACCGGCCCGUAAACUUGGUGAAGGAUCCAGCCCAAGGCCCCAAGCCCAUAGACAUACCCUUGGCUAAUACCAACUCAGCAAUACCAUAAUACUACAUGUGCCUUUCAAGAGACUUGUAGACAUGCAUGGUUGUAUUAUAAUUGUAUAGGUGGCAAAUUUUUUAUAGAAAGGUUUUCCUAUAAUGCUGGGAAUAGAAACUUUUCGACUAAGUUUUGAUAUCAAAAUAAUUGCCUUCAUAUUGUUUAUAGGAGGUCUCUAACCUAUGCCACAUAACAUAGGUUAAGAUUCCAUUAAAAAAAACAUAACAAGAUUUUGUUUGGGAAUAAUAAAUAAGGAUAGUUACUAAACAUAGAGGAAAUCAUGCAAGUUUUUUUUAGUGUUAUUAAGUUUUGAAAUGGAAACUUUUUGUACAUUGAUAUAUUAUAUAAGAACUUUGAUGCUCUUAACCUAUA